AGUGUCACAAGCAAAGGACACAGCAACCCAAGUGCGGCAGAAAGCAAAAAUAACCCCUCCAUGUGCGUCCCGGCGAGGAGGAAGAUGAGAUAAAGCCACUCAGAUGGAGGCCAGUUCCACCAGCCUCAAGAGGCUCAAGUUUGGGAAGCUGAAGGUGGUACGACGGCACUUGCUACAGCGGUACGAGCAUCAGCCCUUCAUCUCCUGCCUGGCUGGUUUCUAUAGCUGCCGGUGGAAGCGGUACCAGCGUGGAAGGACCGAGCCUGGGAAAUGCUGCUGCAAGACGCGGGAAUGCGUGUUUUUCCCAUUGCUUGUUGGAGCUUUCUGCUUUUCUCUGGUCUUUCUGUACAUGUGGGGUGAAGCGAAAAAUGACUACAAUAACUUUGACUGGUAUAACUAUGGGAAUCUGGGCUUCUGGUUUCUCUGGUCUCUCGUUCUCCUGAUUGUGGCUUCAAUCUUGUUCAUAUACAUCACGCUGUUAUUGGUCCUAGCGAUGUGUUUGCUUGCAGAAGGUCAGCAGCUGUACCUACACUGGAGUCACAAGAUUGGGACUUUUCUUGUCCUGGGCUUCUCUAUCACAGCCCUCUUCAUAUUAUCCGUACUCUGGGGAGAUCAAUGGAAAACUGUCCGCCUGUCAUUCCAGAUCACAGCUCCCUAUCUCCACAUAGGGGCAAUAACCAUCAUGGUCCUCCUGUCCUGGCCUGUGGCUCUUCAUGCCAUCAGAGCAGAUAAGAAAGUUGUUCAGGUGAUAAUUGUUGGUCCAUACCUGGCUAUCCUUCUCUUUCUUUUCUUGAUACCUCUGGGGAUGUACUCUCCUUGCAUCAGAGAGAUGGGGACACUUGGACCAAAGCCAGCCCUCAUUGGACACCGUGGAGCACCAAUGCUGGCACCAGAAAACACUGAGAUGUCAUUUCAGAAGACAAUUGAACAUGGUGGGGAUGGUCUUGAAACAGAUGUCACCAUUAGCUAUGAUGGGGUUCCUUUCCUCAUGCAUGACAGUACCUUGAGGAGGACAACUAAUAUCAAGGAAGUCUACCCCAAUGACACUGCUCAAAAUGCUGCGUUAUUCUCCUGGGAUACCCUGCAGGAGUUGAAUGCUGGAACAUGGUUCCUUAAGGACAAACCAUUUUCAUGCAUGGGCUCACUGUCAAGGGCAGAUCAAAACCAGGCAAUGAAUCAGUCAAUUUACAAGCUAAGUAAUUUCUUGCGCCUCGCAGACAGUCAGAAUAAAGUUGUGAUAUUUGAUCUCUACCGCCCUCCAGAGAAACAUCCUUACAGGAACUCCUGGAUCAACAGAACCCUGGAAGUCAUCCUCAACGAGUCGGGGAUUAGACCCCAUCUGGUCUUAUGGCUGGAGAACGACAUGAGGUCCUUUGUUCAGUCUGUUGCUCCUGGGUUUCAGCAGACAAUGGGCAGUAAGGCCCCCGUUGAAGACCUAUUGAUGGACAAUAUUGUCAAACUCAAUCUGGCCUACACUGAAAUGUCCAGUGAAGAUAUCCGGAAAUACGCUGAAGCAAACAUCACCACCAACCUCUAUGUGGUCAAUGAGCCAUGGCUUUUCUCCCUGGCGUGGUGCUCUGGGGCACAUUCUGUGACCACCAAUGCCGUCCACACCCUGAAGAAUCUCAGCCAGCCACUCUUCCUCAUGACUCCGCAGCAGUACAACAUCAUGUGGAUCCUGACUGAUCUGACCUCUGUGCUCCUCAUCUCACUCAUCUUUGCUCUGCACUGGUGGCGAGAGCGGAGUUUCUCCUGCUGUGUCCAUGAUGGUGGCCCGAUGCUGGAGAGCGGCACUUACAACAAAUUCAGGACAGAGCUCAGCGACAUGCCCGCUGUCAUGGCCUGA